AUGGCUGGAUUGGAGCUGACAUAUAUGGCGCGGCAGUGGAAGUCACCUGAGGAUCCUCCGCCGUUGUACGGAGGGCUUAUGGCGAGUUCAGAGGUCGACAGAAAAUUUCUAGGGCAUUUCGCAAAGACCACCCUUCAUGAGCAUGGCUACCUCUCAAGUUUUUUGUUUCGAAUAUUGGGGUUAUCGGUCGUUUUGAGUGAGGAUCUGCUGUCAGCGCGAAGAGCCAAACGUUUAGAUCCCGUCCGCGACUCAACACAUCGACGACUUGUGCACCACAUACUAUGGCUGGCAAGGGAGGGCUUGGUAAUGAUGGAGCAAUACGUCCUGCCCAUGCUCGGAAAAUCACCUAAUGAGCUUCGCGUCCUCGCAUUCAAGCUGAAAGCCUCGUUAUACCACAUCUUUGUACUUUUCCACAAUGACCCUGCGGUCAACGACCGCAUCAACCGCCGCCGCUCUGGUUCCGGCUCACUUUUUCCCCAGCCUUUAUCGCCAAAAUCGAAGUCGUCGUCAGAAUCGCCUACGGCCCGCCAACGAUCCCCAGCCAUAAGUCUCGGGACAGGCAAGACACCACCUGGCCUACCACUUCCGUCCGGCGGCAAUCAGGUGUACAUGAACGGCAGUCGUAGCAAUGGCACUGCGACUUUUCUGCUACCAUUGCAAGACUACAGACCCAUCGCAACAGCCGCGUUCAGGGACGCCCACAAGAUCGCGGCUGAACUACUCCCUGGCAGUCAUCCCAUCCGACUGAGCGUGGAGGUCGAAUACGUAGCAUACAUUUACGACUGCUUACAUGAAGCGGAUCAAAGCAGACGAAGAGCAAAAGCCGCCGUGCGUGCCGUGUACGAGGCGCAGGAAGGCAUGGAUGACGAGAGCUUUGUCGACGCGAGCGAGCUGGUGAGCAUGUGA